GAGAGAGAGGGAGAGAGCAAAGAGAAAGGGAGAGAGAGGGAGGGAGAGAGAGAGAGGGAGAGGGAGAGAUGUCAAUCACAAACGCCAACACAGUCGAAACAUCUCAAAACAAAGACAGCAGGAAGUCGCAGGCCAACUUGGUUGCGUGUGUAUGACGUCUUAAGGGACGUUUUGUCACGGCCCUGUGGGCUAUUUGCUCGACUUGGCGGGGACAGGAAAUGACACGGGGCUCUUCUUUGUUGUUUUUAGGUCCAGCUGUGUCCACUAGUCUAUGCCACAGUGUCCCCUACACGGGAAAACAGACUGGGGGGGGUUAAGCUAUCUCAAGAAUGCGGUGUCGAACAAGAGUACGACUGCAGUUAGGGGAAGGAAUGUGUCCGACUUGACAGUCCUGAACCCUGCGCUCGGAUCGCGAGCCGAUUACAGUGGCCUUGUUUACUUCCCACCAGAGCCUAAACUUGAAACGAGCGUCAACACCAUAUUGUUAAACCUUCAAUGGGCAGAGGAGAAUAAGGUUUUUUUCAAAUCAACACGGACACGUUUGAAAAAAAACUGCUUGCGUGUUCCGGUGUUCUUCCCAUUGACACACACAGUGGAACUGAAAACCGUUUCUGUUGGUUUCAUAGAGUGUCUCAACAGACAGACGACCGACUCCAAAUGCUGCGGCAGUUUGAACUUUGGAUGGCAACUCCAGUUUCACUGUAGUAUCAAGUCUUAUCAGCGACACCUGUUACCACCAACGGCCUAGCAAGAGACCAGGUAGGCUUUAGUUCCCCUUUCCAGGUGUUGUAUCGCCUACACAGGAAAACCUCCUCGAACCACGAGCGGAGAAGUUGCUGAUGUCAUCGAACGAUGUGCAGUUCCCGUCGCCAUAUUAACGUAGGGAUCAGACCGUACAAGGUGAGGCCAGACUGGGUAAAGUCUGCACUGACUCAGCCUCGCGCUGCAGGUUCAGGCUUGACAACAGACACAUACUCCAUCCUGUCAUUUUUGAAACUUUGACCUGUUCCGUCGACGCCAGAGUGCUCCAGUUCCAGAACAAACUGGCAAACGGGACAGUUUAAAAGUGACUUGUUGCAACUGAACAAAAUCAAUAACGAUUAAACCUUCCACUUGAAACGUGUGUAAAUCCAAACGGAGAGCAACUGUUUAUUCAUCUUGCAGUGUUGUGCAUUUCAAGUGUGAUGGAUUACACCCCACAUGUGGGACCAUUUGCACAAAGCUGCCAGAAUUCCUGCCAGAGGGGGACAACAACGCCAAUAGAUUGAAAAACUUUUCGAAGUCGUUUAAUCCUGUUACUUUAACAGGGAGAGGCAGAUUAAAGUCUUCAAACGUAAGAGAGAGAGAGAGAAAAAAAAUUAAAAAAAAAUCAGCCCCACCUCGGUGGCCAAGCCCUGUUGCAAGAGUGGAGGUGAUUAUAUAAAGCAGGGAGACAGGGGAGGGGCGGGCCUUGUGGAAGUGGCUGUGUCCUGGUGUGUGAGCAGAGAAGACUGUUUACAGAUACAGAAGCCAGCGAGAGACACGAGCUCCGUGUGUGUGUGUGACGUGUCUGGACAGCUGGGUAGGUCACGGCAGAACCCCCCCAUGGUCUUCACAGAGUUAGGGGCCAGGAAGACGAUGCACCCGAGGACUUGGGCAGAGCCAGGCAGUACCGAGGAGCAGUGGAGCGGGAGGUUCGGGCCCGUAGGGGCAGCAGAGAGAGCCUCACGCUGAACAGGAGAGGCACAUGACUCACCCCCUCUCUCCCCUCCCACCCCUCUCUCACUGGAGAACAGAAACACCACGGACUCUAGAGGGUAGAUACUGCUCCAGAACUGAAGCCUGCUCACUGCCAAGGUGUCAGAGGAAUACGACUCGACGACUGGAUAUUGACUGGAUAGUGGAUGUCUAAAAAGAAGAUUGUCUGAACUUUAUGGAAACAAACGCAAGAACUGAUUGACUUGACUUUUAAAGCUAGUUGUCGAAUAAGACAAGUUUCUAGCUGUUUUUGAAGCUCAACAUAAUUUGACACAGAUCCAAACAAUAACAAAAGGUAAGAAAGGGUGUUUUUAGGGAGUUACUUUUCCAUCCAAAUCUGAACAGGGAGUAAUAUCAAUGAUAUGAAUAGUUGAAUUGCAUGAACGGCAUUACCUUUGCCCUCAUACGAUUCGACCAUUUUUGGAUCAGAGUUCAGCAAAGAAUUUGCCACAUGUUCAAGCCUGAAGAACCUCUAAAGAUGUCAAAUAGCACCGAUGGUCUCCAAGCACUGGGCUUGAGCCUGGCCAACGCCAGCUGCCCCAAGAACGACGGCUUCAAGCACACCCUGUACACCUCAGUAUUCAGCCUGGUCUUCAUCGUGGGCCUGCUCUUUAACAUGGCCGCCGUGUACAUCUUCGCGUGCACGCUGAAGCUUCGCAACGAGACCACCACCUACAUGAUGAACCUGGUGGUGUCGGAUCUCCUCUUCGUGCUCACGCUGCCCUUCCGCAUCUUCUACUUCAUCAACCAGGACUGGCCAUUUGGCGCCGUGCUCUGCAAGGUGUCCGUCUCGCUCUUCUACACCAACAUGUACGGCAGCAUCCUCUUCCUCACCUGCAUCAACGUGGACCGCUUCCUGGCCAUCGUGCACCCGUUCCGCUCGCAGACCCUGCGGACCAAGAGGAACGCCAAGCUGGCCUGCUGCGCCGUGUGGGCGCUGGUGCUCUCUGGGAGCCUGCCCGCCGGCUUCAUGCUGGAGACCACGUCGCCGCGGCACGCCAACUCGUCCUCCAUCUACUGCUUCGAGAACUUCUCCAACAAGCAGUGGAAGGCGGCGCUGUCCAAGGUGGUGGUGUUCAUCGUGACGGCGGGCUUCCUCAUCCCGUUGCUGCUCAACAUCUUCUGCUCGCUCCGGGUGCUGCGGACCCUGACGCAACCCCAGACCAUCAGCCGCGGCGGGCAGCUCAACAAGGCCAAGAUCCUACGCAUGAUCGUCGUGCACCUGCUCAUCUUCUGCUUCUGCUUCGUGCCGUACAACGUCAACCUGGUCUUCUACGCCCUGGUACGCGCCAAGAUCCUGCAGGGCUGCGUCCUGGAGUCAGUGGUGAGGACCAUCUACCCCGUCGCCCUGUGCAUCGCCGUCACCAACUGCUGCUUCGACCCCGUCGUCUACUACUUCACGUCGGAGACCAUCCAGAACUCCAUCAAGAGGAAGUCGAUGGCGUUCCGCGAGAACAAGCUGUUUGAGGCGCUGCAGUCGGACAGCACUCAGGGCAGCGUGCACAGCAGCGUGAGGACGCCGAGGGCCAAAGUGUUCCGGAACGAGUCGACGGUGUGAUGUCGUGAGAGGGAAAACAAACAAGCAAACGCUGUCCGGCCUCAACGGAGGCAUCGGUCUGUCACCGUGCAGUAUUUCAGUGAGUCUACGGUUUGUGAAACUCUGACAAAGAGGAGCUGAGAAAAGGGUGGGGGCUUUCAAACAGACACACAAAGUGACCCCAACCCCACAUUCAGCACAGACCUUAAGAGUAUUAUCCAUUAAGGGUGUACUGAUGCAUGAUUAAGUUUUAUGGCACUGAUAUUACAGUGGCAGUGCCUCAUUAGAUUAGAUUGUUAGAUUUCAAGACUGAAAGUAUGACGACUUGAUAAAAUAAGCUGCACUUUAACCUUAUUAGAGGUUGUGCAUGUUUGUUUCACCUCGUAAGGAAACGUGUAACUAUUUGUAUAGUGAAGUAUGGCAAUGUUUUCAAGUCAUUCACCUCAUCACAACAACCUGGGAUACAGUUUAAAUUGUUGAUUUAAACGUCAAUGCAGUAUCUUGCCUUGGGUUUACACACCUGAUCUUCAACCUCCUACAAUAACAGACAAGAGGCGGUUGAUGGAAAAGGGGACAUUAUGCAAGCCGGGAAUAUCCCAUUCCUGGGAUAUUGCGCAAACCAAAACAUUUCAGCACCCUAUACAUUUACAACAAUGACCUUCAUUCAAACGUUGUGCUUAGUCACAGGUGAACAAGUCUUGUAUGUGAAAGUACAUUUGUUGUACUAUGACUAUGUUGUAAGCACAUUAGGGAUUUUUUUUGGACUGUUCCCUGACAAUGACAGCGUCUUGAAUAAAAAU